AUGCCAAGUGCAUCAUUUGUAUUAUGGAAUAAUAUUACAACAAUAUUUUCAUGUCAGAAUUCAUUUUUUCAAAUAAAUAUACGAUUAAAUGAUGAUGAUGCUUAUUUAUUUAAUGAAACUGCUACUGAUUUUUCUAUUACAGUUUCUCAUCCAACUCGUAUUAAUGAUAAUGUUACAAUAAAUAUUGAUAGAAUUGGAUAUGGACAAAGAUGUAUUGUAGUAUCGAAUAGUACUACUAAUGUUACAAUAGUUUUACCGUCAUCAUAUCAACUUUUGGGUGCACUUGUAACAGUUACAUGCAACAAGAAACAAAUACGAUGUCGUCAUAAAUAA